AAGCACUGCAAAGAUGACUAGUCUGGUGACAGGAAGUGGGCAAUUGCAUUUUAGUGUGAAAUCAUUUAAGGAACAAGGUUUUAGACAAGCUUCCUGGGUAUCUGGUGUAACCUUCAGGAGAUGUAUACACAAAGAGCUUUUCAGGUCAGCUGGCGUAUCCAAGUUAUUGCGGGUCCGUGGUUAUGACUUUUCCAAAGCUCAUAUAAGUGAGAAUAGGAACCCUCUCAGAACCAUUACUAUAUCAUGCUUGAGAGAUGAUACCACUAAGUAUUUUGACUUUGCUGUCAUCGGCAGUGGAGUUGCUGGCCUCCGCUAUGCUCUCGAAGUUUCAAAACAUGGAUCUGUAGCAGUGAUUACAAAGGCUGAGCCUCAUGAGUGCAACACAAACUAUGCACAAGGAGGUGUUAGUGCUGUUUUAUCCCCUUUGGAUUCUGUAGAAAAUCACAUGCGAGACACCAUUGUAGCAGGGGCUUAUUUGUGUGAUGAGGAGACUGUUAGGGUGGUAUGCACAGAAGGUCCUGAUAGAGUUAGAGAGCUGAUUUCCAUGGGUGCAUCAUUUGAUCAUGGAGAUGAUGGGAACUUGCAUCUGGCAAGGGAAGGAGGCCACUCUCAUCAUAGAAUUGUCCAUGCAGCAGAUAUGACUGGGAGAGAGAUUGAGCGGGCACUAUUGAAAGCAGUUCUAGAUGAUCCUAACAUCUUUAUGUUUGAGCACCAUUUUGCCAUAGAUUUACUGACAUCUCAGGACGGCUCAGAAACAUUCUGCCAUGGCGUGGACACACUGAAUACUGAAACACAAGAGGUUGUACGAUUUAUCUCAAAGGUGACAUUAAUUGCAUCUGGUGGAGCAGGGCAUAUCUAUCCUUCAACAACAAAUCCACUGGUAGCCACUGGAGAUGGAGUUGCUAUGGCCCAUCGAGCUCAAGCUGUAAUCUCCAACAUGGAGUUUGUGCAGUUUCACCCUACUGCCUUGUCUGAUGAAGGCCUUCCAAUCAAGCCAAGCGAGAAUCGUGUCAAUGCAUUUCUCAUCACUGAAGCUGUUAGGGGAGAUGGAGGUAUCCUUUACAACCUAGGCAUGGAGAGGUUCAUGCCCCUGUACGAUGAGAGAGCAGAGCUUGCUCCCAGAGAUGUGGUUGCAAGAAGUAUAGAUGACCAGCUAAAGAAACGUAAUGAGAGGUAUGUGCUACUUGAUAUAAGCCAUAAGCCCAGAGAUGAGAUUCUCUCCCAUUUCCCCAACAUAGCUGCUGAAUGCCUUCGCUUUGGGCUAGACAUAACAUGUCAGCCAAUCCCAGUUGUUCCGGCUGCUCAUUACAUGUGUGGGGGAGUCCGUGCUGGACUUCAUGGAGAGACAAAUGUGCAGGGCUUAUAUGUAGCUGGAGAGGUUGCUUGCACAGGGUUGCAUGGUGCAAACCGACUGGCAAGCAACUCAUUGCUUGAGGCACUAGUGUUUGCACAACGGGCUGUGCAGCCUUCGAUAGACCACAAGACCAAUUUGAAACUCGAGCUCACUUCUUUGGAUUCAUGGGCGUGGCCAGUAGUUCCUAUGUCACUCGGAAGCAGUGUUCUGUCAGAUAUCAUAAGGAGGACAAGGGAAGUGAGGGAGGAACUGCAAUCAAUCAUGUGGGAUUAUGUGGGGAUUGUGCGGUCAACAAGCCGGUUGAAGAUGGCAGAGUGGAGGCUUGGGGAGUUAGAAACAGAGUGGGAAGAGUAUCUAUUCCGAAAGGGGUGGGAGCCAACAAUGGUGGGGAUUCAGGCAUGUGAGAUGAGGAAUCUUUUCUGUUGUGCGAAACUUGUAGUGAGCAGUGCACUUGCAAGGCAUGAAAGCCGUGGCCUCCACUUCAUUGUAGAUUUCCCCCAUGUAGAGGAGAGCAAGAGACAGCCUACAGUUAUAUUCCCUUGUUCUCCUGUGAAGGGUACAUGGAGUACUCUACAACUACACAAGCAACAGCACUGUUGACUACAUGAAGGUGGUUAACUUCCAGAGUUCACCUUUAUUCAUUAGACCCCCCCCAGAUUUUUUAGUUUAAAUGCUGUCCCUUUGGAAGUCAUUGUGGAUGAAGCAUUUGGCUAUUACAAGCAUCAUAUUCAUUUUAAAAAAAAGAGGGAAAUUACAGGAACCAUUGGAGAGAGAAGUGACAGACCUUCAGAAAGGUAUCUGAGUGGGGACACUUCUCCCUUUGAAGUAGAUAAAAAUAUAGUGUUUUAUUUGUUGAUUCAAUGCCAUUCUUGUUUCCUAAUAUCAUUUGUUUAACUUUGGCACACCUAAAUCAUUCCUUAGAAUGUGCUGCCAUAUUUGCCUCAAUAUCAUGGUACACUUAUAUGUUCACUAAGACAUUGCUGUGUAACUUUUUAGUAUGUGAAACAUGAAAUAAAUUAUACAGCAGCAUCAUUGACAAGAUAACUCAUUAAAUCU